UACAUCUGUCAUUCACAGUCACUUAAUAUCAUUUCUUUCUUUCUCUACAUAAACCGCAUUCAAUCCAAACCCUUAAAAAACACUCUUCUUCAUCUGUUCUUCAUUUUCAUUUGUUGUUCUCUGUUUCAGAUGUCAGGAUCAAGAGGAUCCGAAAUGAUUCGACGCCAAUCGCUACGAGGUCCGAAGCAGGUUAAGACACCGACCGCAGAUUCCGAGAACCCACCUCAAAAACCGAUCACAGAGAGGAGUCCGAAGAUGGGAGAUCGCCGAUCGCCUAGAGGGAACGCCGCGCGAUCAUCAGACCCGAAGAAACUAGGAAACCGGGUUGCGGAUCUUGAAUCCCAACUCGGCCAAGCUCAAGGAGAGCUUAAGAUACUCAAGCAUCAAUUGUCUUCAACUGGGGGAGCAGCAAAAAGGGUUCCGAUUAAACCCAAGAAUCCGGUGGAGGGUUCCGAUGAAAGCCAGCCGGAAACUGACGUAUUCGAAGUACCAGUUGAGAUGGUUCUUAAUAAGGUUGAUUUGUCACCGCCGGCUGAACUGGAUAAUGAGAUAACUUCGCUGAAAGCUGUAAUUGAUGAGAAAGAGACUGAAAUGGAGAAAUCUAAACGAAAGAAGAAUGUCAUGAAGAAUAAGAUUGAUGAAUUGAAUUCAGAUAUGGGUUUGGUUAGAACUAAAGAAACAGAGAUGUCAUUGAAAGUGAACAAACUAUUUGAUGAGCUAGAACAGAGUAAAUCAGCUGAGGCUGAGCUAAAAGAGAAGCUUGAAAAGUUGGAAGCUGAGAAGAAUUCAAUGGAGGCUGAAAUGAAGAUGAUGAGAGUACAGAUGGAACAAUGGAAGAAAGCGGCGGAAGCCGCCGCAAUUGUGUUGUCGGAAGAGGCACAAAAUAACGGUAACAAAGGAAUAGAUGGUGAGUCGCCGGCCGACGAUGAUAUGGAUGAUGAUGGGUUUUCCGGCGGCAAGAAAAAAGGGUCUGGAAUUAGAAAGUUUGGUGAAAUGUGGAAAAAGAAAGGUCAGAAAUGAGAGUCAUGACAAAAUGGGUAUCGAUUGUUUGUUUGAUUGUUUGUUUAUUCUGAUUUGUGUUUAAUUAGAGUUGAAAAUUAAUGUGGCCCUGUUUUUAAAUCCCCCCAAAUCAAACAGGGUGUAAACUUGUUUUGUGGCUUGGUUUUGAUGUUUAUGUUUGAAGUGACUAAUUAGAGAUAAUACCUUUAUUAUCUAUUGGAUUUGCUUGUAAACUUAUUGUGUAUUCUCAAUUUUAUUGAAUUCUAGGUUUUUUUGUGACUGUC